GGGGGUGGGGCCGGGAGUGCAGGCCGGGGCAAGAUGGCGGCGAGCGGCCUGCGGCAGGCUGCGGCCGCGGCUCGCACCUCGGUGAAGCCCAUUUUCAGUCGGGACAUGAACGAGGCCAAGCGGAGGGUGCGCGAGCUCUACCGCGCCUGGUAUCGCGAGGUGCCGACCACUGUGCACCUGUUCCAGCUAGAUAUCACCGUGAAGCAGGGCCGGGAUAAGGUCCGGGAAAUGUUUAUGAAGAACGCCCACGUCACUGACCCCAGGGUGGUGGACCUUCUGGUCAUUAAGGGAAAGAUGGAGCUAGAGGAGACAAUCAAGGUGUGGAAGCAGCGGACGCACGUCAUGCGGUUCUUCCAUGAAACAGAAGCGCCAAGGCCCCGGGAUUUCCUGUCCAAGUUCUAUGUUGGCCAUGACCCGUGAAGUCGCUCAGCGGAAAGGUGCAUGUUGGUUUUGCGAUUUACAGGACAAUAAACUCACCUCGUGGUAGAACGCUGUGGGUGGGCCAGUGG